AUGUUCGACGAUCGGUUAAAUUUCAACCAGCACAUCAACUAUUCAUGCGAAAAGGCGGCAAAGUUUAUCAACGCGGUGGGAAAGAUCAUGUCAAAUAGCUUUGGUCCAAGCAGCAACAAGAGGCGCCUCUUGACAAGCGUAUUUUCGUCGAUACAGAGGUACGGCGGCCCUGCCCGGUUGGCGGCUCUGGAAACUCGCCGAAAUCGGAGUAAGCUGAACAGCACAUUCCGGUUCAUGACCAUGCGAGUCUUAAGCGCUUAUAGAACCAUUUCUACAGAAGCCGUGCGUGUAAUCGCCGGGAUGCAUCACUCUGGCGGAAGACAGCGAGUGCUACAAGCGGAGAGUAAUCAGAGGUGUCCGGAAAACGAUGAGAGCGGAGUCGAUGGACAAAUGGUAGCUGGGACGGGAUACGGCAGAGAGCGAUAG